UCCAGCGGACCCACGUUCUCGCUUCUCAUCCAUCCAUCCACUCCCCUCGACGGCCACUCGGCAAGCAAGCCAAUGGCGUUCUCCUCCUACUUGAUCGCCGGCAGCCGAGCAGCCUCCCCCUCUCUCCCCUCUUUCCCGUCCCUCCGCCGCCGUAGCCACCACCGUCCCCCGUCCCUCCCAACAAGCCCGCUCCAGCCUCCGCCCGCGCAGCUAUGGCGCCGCUCGCUCCGCUUCUGCGCCUCCUCCUCCUCUCCUCCGCCGCCGGUGCCGCCCGAGAGCGAGGAGCCCACCGACUACGAGCUACUGGAGACAACUGGAAAUUGUGAUCCUUUAUGCUCUGUUGAUGAAGUUAGCUCGCAGUAUUUUGAAGCUAACUACAAACCCAAAAAUGAUAUUCUUAAAGCUUUAACUAUCCUGGCAACAGCUUUGGCUGGGGCGGCUGCAAUAAACCAUUCCUGGGUUGCUGCUAACCAGGACAUUGCAAUGGUGCUAGUAUUUGCACUUGGCUAUGCAGGUAUCAUUUUUGAGGAAUCACUAGCUUUUAACAAAAGUGGAGUUGGAUUAUUGAUGGCUGUUUGCCUAUGGGUUAUCAGAAGUAUCGGGGCUCCCUCGACUGAUGUUGCUGUUCAAGAGUUGAGUCAUACAACUGCUGAAGUUAGUGAAAUAGUAUUUUUCUUGCUCGGUGCAAUGACUAUUGUUGAGAUUAUUGAUUCACAUCAAGGUUUUAAGCUGGUGACAGACAAUAUAUCUACUAGAGAUUCUAGAGCUCUUCUCUGGGUGGUGGGCUUCGUAACUUUCUUUCUGAGUUCUGUCCUCGACAACUUGACUUCGACUAUUGUGAUGGUGUCAUUGCUCCGGAAACUAGUACCUCCAUCGGAGUACAGAAAAUUGUUAGGUGCUGUUGUUGUAAUAGCAGCUAAUGCUGGGGGUGCAUGGACACCAAUUGGUGAUGUGACAACCACUAUGUUGUGGAUUCAUGGUCAGAUUACAACGUUGAAAAUAAUGCAGGGCUUGUUUAUUCCCUCGGUAGUUUCAUUGGCGAUCCCACUGGCCCUGAUGUCCCUCACCAGUGAAGCAAAUGGAUCAUCUCAGACAUCUUCCAGUUUGUUGUCAUCGGAGCAGAUGGCCCCUCGAGGACAACUUGUAUUUGCUGUUGGACUUGCAGCUCUAGUGUUCGUUCCAGUGUUUAAAUCUCUCACUGGGUUGCCACCUUUCAUGGGCAUGCUGCUUGGUCUUGGCGUUCUCUGGAUUCUAACAGAUGCGAUACAUUAUGGAGAAUCUGGAAGGCAGAGAUUGAAAGUUCCGCAGGCGCUUUCUCGGAUUGAUACACAAGGAAUUCUAUUUUUCUUGGGCAUUCUGUUGUCUGUUGGCAGUUUGGAAUCAGCUGGGAUUUUGAGGCAGUUAGCGAACUAUCUUGAUGCAAAUAUUCCAAAUCCUGACCUCAUUGCAAGCAUCAUUGGUGUAGCAUCAGCAAUUAUAGACAAUGUUCCGCUUGUUGCUGCAACUAUGGGGAUGUACGACCUGACUUCAUUUCCUCAAGAUUCAGAUUUCUGGCAACUUGUUGCGUUCUGUGCUGGUACGGGUGGUUCGAUGCUUAUCAUUGGCUCUGCAGCAGGAGUGGCCUUUAUGGGAAUGGAAAAGGUGGAUUUCUUUUGGUAUUUUCGCAAGCUCUCUGUAACUCUGAGCAUUCUGCUCCGUUUCAAUUUAAAUUCAGGUGAGUGGCUUUGCCCUUGCAGGUUAUGUAGCCGGUAUCAUCACUUACCUAGCUGCUCAAAACAUCCCUCUGCUUCUUCCCACAUCACUGGCUGAGAUCCCAUUUAUCACGGGUUCAUAAAAGGUUGGCCAGGAUGGUCCUUUGAUAAAAGGACCUUACUCUAGAUUGGCGAUGAACACACCGUGUUAUUGUCGGCCAACCCUUAUGCAACCCACAUCGCUGGCAAAGAAAGGAUGUUUACAUGCAUCGUGGAGCAUGAUUUUACGCGAGCUGAAAUAUUCGAGAAAUAAACUGUGUCCUGAGCUCCUAGACCUCCACAUUUGGCAGUAUUGUCGAAUGGCUUGGAAUUCUGGUGAAUUGUGGGAUGCUAGAGCAGAAUGAUUCUGUAAAUUAAGUAGGUAGUUGUCCUUGCCAACAAAGGACAAAACAUGCGAGAUGGUCGGUUUUGAGCUGUUUGCUCGUUUGUAAUGAUCGUGUUCUAUAUGUGAUGUACUGAUGAUCCUGAUCUUCAAAUCAAGAAAAUCUGAAUUGCUCUGUUUGAAUCGAAUGUUA